AUGACUUUACCAGGUGGUGUUAUUUUAGUUUUUAUUUUAGUCGGUUUAGCUGGUAUUGCUAUUGUCUGUACCAUUGCUUACAGAAAAUGGCAAGCUAGACAAAGAGGUUUGCAAAGAUUCUAA